AUGGCUGUUGAUGACAUCGUACGCCUAAACUCACCAUAUGGCGAUACAGUUCUUCUCCCCUCCCCCGCACUGAGUUUUACUGGGGAUUCUCUCCUCGUUACUCCCGUAGUUACCUCUCUCGAUCUCAAGAAGGCAUCCAGAUAUGGCGAGCAGGAAGACAGCGCAGCAGGAGAUGGUUCAGGUCGGUCCGUAUUGAAUAUCGCCUUUUGCAAGGAAUCAGUGCGUAUGUCCCCGCCCAACAGCGUCUUUCUGGAGACCCGUUCACCGCCGCAACAACAACCAAAGCCUCAUGGAGUAAUUGACCCAAAUACAGUUAUCGGAGCAUCCUACUCCCACGCGGAUAUGGUGAGGACCACAUCGCCUUAUACACGACAGCACGUAUCGCCAAUGUUACCUCGUACUAGCAACAAUAGCCGGAGUAGUAGUUCUGCCCACUUGACCGAACCAGGGGGAGGCACACUACCAAAUCGCCAGCCGUAUGCAAGCUUAAUGGCACAAGUCGGUGAAGACUGGAGCCAUGAUGAUGACGGAUUCGAGGAUGAGCUCCUAUAUGAUGACGAUGAGGAUGAAUUUGGACUCCCCAGCGUUACGAAAAUGCGCAAAAACGCACCUGCUAGACCUCAGCGCCAACUGGGGGUGACCGAUGAGCGAGGUGGAUCAAAGAGCCGUUCAAAUGGCUCGUCAGCUCUAAAAUGCAAUUUAUCCCCAACGAGGUUGCGUGCUAAUAGUUCUGAUAUCGCGGAGGAAAGGGGCAUCCUGAGCUACCCAACGGCGAAAAAGACUGAUGGCAAAAUUUUGCGUCCACAGUACAAGGAAAUAUUGACGGAGGGACACUCAAGCCGGAUAAGCAGAAUCAACAAAUUCAAACGAAUUCUCCAAGCAAGCACCGUAUCCCUUCCAGAACUUCGCGACCUCGCGUGGUCGGGCGUUCCUGAUGAAGUCCGAGCGAUGACUUGGCAGCUGCUAUUAGGAUACUUGCCAACCAACAGCGAGCGUCGCGUAACAGCUCUCGAGAGAAAGCGAAAAGAGUACCUUGAUGGUGUGCGACAGGCUUUCGAGAGAGGGAAUUCAACUGUUGAUAGGCCUAGUGGAGCGGGUUCAACAUCGGAUGGUGGGACUGGAAGAGGCUUGGAUGAAGCUAUCUGGCAUCAAAUCAGUAUUGAUAUCCCUCGUACAAACCCCCAUAUCCCGUUAUAUGGCUACGAAGCGACGCAAAGGUCGCUGGAAAGAAUUUUAUACGUAUGGGCUAUUCGACAUCCCGCGAGUGGAUAUGUACAGGGGAUCAACGAUCUUGUCACACCAUUCUGGCAGGUCUUUCUAGGGACAUAUAUUACGGAUCUUAAUAUAGAGGAGGGAAUGGACCCAGGACAAUUACCAAAAGCUGUUCUUGAUGCUGUUGAAGCUGAUUCAUUCUGGUGCCUAACAAAACUUCUCGAUGGUAUCCAAGAUAACUAUAUAUAUGCCCAACCAGGUAUACACAGACAAGUUAGAGCGCUCCGCGAUCUCACGAUGCGGAUUGAUUCCACACUGGCAAAGCAUCUCGAACAGGAGAGCGUUGAGUUCAUGCAGUUCAGCUUCCGCUGGAUGAACUGUCUUUUGAUGAGGGAGGCCGAGGAACAAGGCUUCUCCCGAUUCCAUCUUUACGUGUGUGCGGCGUUCCUUGUCAAGUGGUCCGACCAGCUGCUUAAAAUGGACUUUCAGGAAAUCAUGAUGUUCCUGCAAUCUCUUCCGACUAAAGAUUGGACCGAAAAAGAUAUCGAGCUUCUAUUGAGUGAGGCGUUUAUUUGGCAGAGCCUGUUCCAAGAUUCGAGUGCCCAUCUCCGGUCCAGCGCUGGAACGCCCUCUGGUCCAGGGUGA